ACUGUCUUGCUGCUGCCGGGGUAACGGAGUUUUGGGGUUGCGCGAAAUGUUGCCGGUGGACUACGAACUCCCGCCAUUUUUCAAUCAAGAUUUCACCCUCCUUGUUUGUUUUCCUGCGUUUUAGAACCCGUCCCACAUCGCCCAGUAUCUACCGGAAGACGUGCGUGGAUCCAAGGGCGAGGAAGAGAAAGAGAAACCCGAGCGAACGUUGCAAGAUCAGCAGUGUGAGAAAGCGCGCCAGACCCCUCUGAGCAGCGCCUCCGCUCGUCUCUGCCGCCUCGGGAACCUAGCUAGCUAGCUAGGAUCGUUGCUUCUUCCAACAGCUCUGUCAACAUCGCUUGUGUAUGAGUCUGAUUUUCAAGUUCCGGACACCUGUUUCACGUGUUUUCGUCAAUCUCGAACUAUGAUAACACCGGCUCGAUGGGUAGCUAGCGAAUUAGUUGGCUAGCUAGCUACAUGUGUGUUAUUGUUUUGCAUCGAGGCUCGAGUCAACCGGCUAGCUCGCUGUAUGUAUCCUGAGCACAUUGUGUGUUCGGGGAACUCGUUAUAUACGAAACUGGAAUACAUGCUAAGAAUUUUUGUUUUCAUUGUUCCACAACUGUGAUCAAGAAGGGGGUUAUUUGUUUAUUCGUCACCUCCUGACCUGCGCUCACGAUGGCACCGUUGUUGGGCCGGAAGCCCUGCCCGCUGGUUAAGCCACUAGCAGAGCCGCCAGGCCCAGAAGAAACCAUCUACACCAUCGAGCACACCAAGGAGGCCUUUCGGAACAAAGAGGAGUAUGAGACGCGCUUGCAGCGGUACGGCGAGCGCAUCUGGACGUGCAAGAGCACGGGCAGCAACCAGCUCACCCACAAAGAGGCCUGGGAGGAGGAGGAGGAAGUCACCGGGCUGCUUAAGGAGGAGUACCCACUCUGGUUUGAGAAACCUGUCCUCGAGAUGGUCCACCACAACACCAUCUCUCUGGACAAGCUGGUGGACCAGGCCUGGGUGGAGAUCCUCACCAAGUAUGCUCUGGAUGAAGAGUGCGAUUUCCUGGUGGGGAAGGACAAGAGCCUGCGUGUGCGAGUGGUGAAGGCGCACCCCCUGGAGAAGCCGGAGGAGGACGCUGCGGAGAAGAAGCUCAACGGGGCCUGCGACUCGCCCUCCAGUGACAAGGAGAACACCACGCAGGAGAACCAGCGGAAGCAGGCCCUGCCCAAGGAGGAGGAGAGCAGGAGGGACAGUCUCUGUGAUCGGGCUCGGCGUUCACCCAGAAAGCUCCCCACAAACUUUAAGGAGGAGAAGAAGAGAUGGGUGAUGCCCAAAUUUCUGCCUCACAAGUACGACGUCAAACUGAUCAACGAGGACAAGGUGAUCAGCGAUGUCCCGACCGACAGCCUUUUCCGCACCGAGCGCCCGCCCAAUAAGGAGAUCAUGCGCUACUUCAUCCGGCACAACGCCAUGCGCCUGGGCACCGGGGAGAGCGCCCCCUGGGUGGUGGAGGAUGAACUGGUGAAGAAGUACAACCUCCCGAGCAAAUUCAGCGACUUCCUCCUGGACCCGCACAAGUACUUUGCUGAAAACCCCUCGGCAAAGAGGAAAAGCCUGAGCUCGCCGGACGGCAGACCCGCCAAGAAGCCCAAACCGGCGGCCGCGGAGGGGAUGGCGCCGAACGAGAAGGGCGAGAAAGAGAAGAAGAAAAAGAAGAAAAAGGUUCCAAUCAACAUGCCCCUCAGUCCCACCAUGUGGGGACACAUGCAGGUGAAGAAGAUGAACGGCUCUCCUCUGAAAGUGAAGAAUUCGGGCUCCCCGUCCAGCGGCGAGCAGAACGACAGCGACGACGACGUCAUCCUCCUGACUCCGCCCGGCUUCCCCAAGGCCGCCAAGUCCCCCAAGAAGCCCGGAGAGAAGAAGCGGGCGGAGGCCAAGAAGAACCGCAAGAGCAGCGGCUCCUCCGCCAAGAGCCUCAACGGCCAGAAGGCCUCCAAGAAGGACGGCAAGGCAUCCAAGAUGAAGCAGAUGACCCUUCUGGACAUGGCCAAGCGGCGGUCCACCGCCAGCCCCAAGAAGAGGGCCAAGAGCACGGGCCCGGGGACGCCCAAACUGGGGAAGCCCCUGCCGCCCAUGGCCUUGCACCUCCUGCGCUACUACAAGGAGAACAAGGGCAAGGAGGACAAGAAGAGCGCGCUCUCCUCCCUGGUCUCCAAGGCGGCCAAGGUGCUGACGCCCGAGGACCGCGCCCGUCUGCCGGAGGAGCUGCGGGAUGUGGUGGAGAAGCGCUGGGAGCUCCUGGAGCACAAGAGGAAGUGGGCGGCCAUGAGCGAGGAGGAGAAGCAGGAAGUGAUGCGCAGGAAGCGGGAGGAGAUCAAGGAGAAGCUGCGGGAGAAGGCCAAGGAGCGGCGGGAGAAGGAGAUGCAGGCGCGGCGGGAGCUCCAGCGCAGGUUCGAGGACCAGGAGCUGGAGGGCCGCAGCCUGCCCACCUUCAAGCUGGUGGACACGCCCGAGGGCGUUCCCAACGCCCUGUUCGGGGACCUCGCCAUGCUGGCAGACUUCCUCAACUGUUACGCCGGGCUGCUGAUGCCCAACGACCAGUACCCGAUAACCGCUCUCGCCCUCAUGGAGGCCCUGGCCGCAGAGAAGGGGGGCUUCCUGUACCUGAACCGCGUGCUGGUGGUGCUCCUGCAGACCCUGCUCCAGGACGAGCUGGCCGAGGGGUACAGCGAACUGGACAUGCCGCUGUCCGAAAUCCCGCUCACCAUGCACUCGGUGUCGGAGCUGGUCCGGCUGUGCCUGCGGCCUCUGGACGCCCAGGGCGAAGGCGGGUCCUCGGAGGCCAGCUCGCUGGGCGGGGACCUCGACGGGGCGCCCACCGCCGAGCUGCUGGAGCGCCUGGAGACGACGGAGGUGUUCGAGCUGACGCCCGAGGAGAAGGCCCGCCUCCUGGUGGCGCUGUGCCACCGCAUCCUCAUGACGUACUCCGUGGAGGACCACGUGGACGCGGUGCAGCAGCGCUCCGCCGAGCUCUGGAAGGAGCGCCUCGCCUCCCUCAAGGAGGUCAACGACCGCAAGCGCGCCGAGAAGCAGAGACGCAAGGAGGAGAUGGGCGCCAAGGCCGCCGCCGCCGGGGGCGGCUGGGUCAAGGUGGAGGGCGGGAGCAACCCCGUCACGCCCGUGUCCUCCGCCGCGAAGGCCGAGAAGAAGAAGGAGAAGGAGGGGAGCGGGAAGAAGGACGUCAGCAAGGCCAAGACGGAGCCGAAGAUGGAGCAGAAGACAGAGCAGAAGACGGAGCAGAAACCCGAGCCGGAGCCGGAGGACAUGAUCAGCACGGUGAAGAGCAGGAGGCUCAUGUCCAUCCAGGCCAAGAAGGAGAAGGAGGAGCAGGAGCGGCAGAACAAGGAGCGGAUGGAGAAGGAGGCGGAGGAGGAGCGGGUGAGGAAGCAGAAGGCGUCCGCGGAGAGGGCCUUCCAGGAGGGCAUCAAAAAGGCCAAGCUGGUCCUGCGCCGCGUCCCGCUGGGAACGGACCGCAACCACAACCGGUACUGGCUCUUCUCUGACGUAGUUCCCGGGUUAUAUAUAGAGAAGGGCUGGGUGCACGAGAGCAUCGAGUACAACUUCACUCUGCCCGUCGAGGAUGUAAAGGAAGAGGAGGCCGAGGUGCCAGAAGCAGGGGAGGUGGAGAAAGACGAGGAGUGUGAUGUGGAAAGCACCUUGAAUGAUGAAGGGCCGCAGGGUGUGCUGGCUGCUCCAGAGCCCCCCAUCGAGACCACCACCCCUAAACAGGGACAGAACCUCUGGUUUGUGUGUGACACGUCGCGGGAGCUGGAGGAGCUGAUGGAGAGCCUGCACCCGCAGGGCGUGCGGGAGAGCGUGCUCAAGAGCAAGCUGGAGUACAGGUACCAGGACCUCCUGCACUCCAUGUACAUGGCGCGCAAGCCCAACCCGGGCCUGAAGACCUGCGACGGCCACCAGGAGCUGCUCAAGUUCCUGCGCAGCGACCUGGUGGAGGUGGCCUCCCGGCUGCAGAAGGGCGGGCUGGGCUACAUGGACGACACCUCGGAGUUCGAAGAACGGGUGCGUGAUCUGGAGAACCUGAAGGAUUUCGGGGAGUGUGUGAUCACCCUCCAGGAGAGCGUGAUUAAGAAGUUCCUCCAGGGCUUCAUGGCCCCGAAACAGAAGAAGAAGAAGCAGAGCGGGGAGGAGAGCGCCAAGGCGGAGGAGGUGGACGAGGAGAAGAAGCUGGCGGCGGAGGCCAAGGUGGCGACAGCGGUGGAGAAGUGGAAGAGCGCCAUCCGCGAGGCGCAGACCUUCUCCCGCAUGCACGUGCUGCUGGGCAUGCUGGACGCCUGCAUCAAGUGGGACAUGUCCGCCGAGAACGCUCGCUGCAAGGUGUGCCGCAAGAAAGGAGAGGAUGACAAGCUGAUCCUUUGUGACGAGUGUAACAAGGCCUUCCACCUGUUCUGCCUGCGCCCUGUCCUGCAUCGCAUCCCCGAGGGGGAGUGGCUCUGUCCCGCCUGCCAGCCAACCGUGGCCCGCCGCUGCACCAGGGGGCGAAACUAUAAUGAGGACUCUGAGGAAGAGGAAGAUUCCGAGGAGGAAGAAGAAUCUGAUGAAGAGGAGGAAGAGGAGGAGGAAGAAGAGGAGGAGGAAAAUAAUGAUGACAAUGAAUUUGGACACUAUUUGCGAUCGAGGAAGCCCAGCAAGGCCAAGCGCUCGUCUUCGCGCGCCAAGCCCGCCAGCAAGGCCCCCCCUAAGAAGGCCACCCCUCCCAGCUCCAGAGGCGGCCGACAGAAGGGGUCUCCGGGGAGCCCCCCUGACAGCGACGAGCCGGUGCAGCAUAGCUCCCGGAGGCUGAGCAGACAGGAGCAGGACCUGGAGAAGUGUGAGGAGGUCCUCACCAAACUGGUCAGGUUCCGCUACAGCUGGCCCUUCAGGGAGCCGGUGUCUGUGGAAGAGGCUGAAGAUUACCUGGACAUCAUCUCCAACCCCAUGGAUUUCCAGACCAUGCGGCGCAAGUUCUCGGAGGGCCAGUACCGGCACUGCACCGACUUCCUGGACGACAUGAAGCUGGUCUUCUCCAACGCCGAGGAGUACAACCAGCCCGGCACGGCCGUCCUGGGCUACAUGGCUAAGACCGAGCUGCAGUUCCAGGAGCUCCUCCACCGGCUCGCCCCGGGCCUCAGCUACCUCCGCCGCCGCGCCCGCAAGUGCGCCGAACCGGAGCCCCGGCCGCAGAGACGGACCGCCAAGCAGCGGCGGCAGGAGGAGGAGGAAGACGAAGAGGAGGAGGAGGAGGAAGAGGAGGAGGAGGAAGAGGAGAUCCGCCCGCGGAGGACGGGCAGGCGCCGGGUGUACCGCGAGCAGGAGAGCGACAGCGAGCGCGAGGAGGCGGACAGCAGGAGGGCGCGGCGGGGGAGGAGGGGCGCGGGCGACGGGCAGCACAGCGACGAGGACAGGGCGGGCCCGCGACAUUCCAAACGCCAAAAACACUCCCCCUGAAGGGGGGGGCGGGGGGCCCGGGCCGCGCCCGUUUCCUUUCUUUCACUCAUUUAGGAAUUCUGCUUUCGCUCUAAACAGUCGCCCUCUGCCCCCCCUCCCCCCCAUAAUCAGACUUUUCACUUUAUGUUCAUAUUUUUGAGAAAAAAAAAAAAACAAAUUGGUAUUUGUAAGGUGUUUAUUACUGGUGAAAUUUUUUCAGCUAAGAAAAAGAGUAUGUUUUAGUUUUGAAGAUUUUUUGAGCUCUUAUAGGACUUUAUUUGAGAAUUGUUAUCAGUCUGAUUAAAAACGGAACACUUUACAAUUCUAGUCUGUCAUCCUGGCCAGUGUGUGACGUGGACGUCUUUGUUAGAAAAGCCGUAAGAACAAGUGCUGGGAAGGAGGGGGAUUGAGGGAGGGCGGGGCGUUUUCGGGGGGCAUUAACAGCUGUGUGGAGAGAGAUUUGGCAGCUGUGAUGUGAACUGUGGUACUUUUUUUAUUUUUACUCUUUUUAUGGGACACUGAGACAUCGUCCCGUGGCUGCCUCCCGGGCUCCUGCGCUGACGGGUCCCUCGGGGAGGGAGCGACACGCAAAGGAUUCGUCUUUUUUAUUUUUAAAGUAUAAUUCUAACACAUUCAGGUUCUUCAUCCUAUAUGCAACACAACUGUCUGUUCAGCAGCACUACAGAUAUGCAAGGGGUUUCAUAACACAAAGGGAACAACAAGCCGAGCUUGAGCUGCGCUAGCCGCGGGCGCUCAGGCUAACACAACUCCACAGCAUUCGGGGUCCAGGUCUGUUUGGUCCAGUGCGUUCAGGUGGGGGCCGUCGGCCUUCCCGCCCCCCCCCCGCCCCUUUGCCUCGGAGCAGGAAGUGGCACCACACUUCGUGUGGCUCCUUUUUUUGUACUUUCCUCGCAAGGAGCGAAGAGGGGAGCCGACUACCCCGUCCAGCUGUACUACCUCUCGUGUAUAGUGGUGUUUUGGCGGGAAACGCACCGCUCAGGAGUUCCUUGUGCUACAUUUCUAUUUAACACUUGCGUCUGGUUGCAUUUUUUCUUCGACUAAAACGCAUGCGACAGAUGUGUAAAAGGAAAAAUGUAUGUAUAUAUGAAUCGACUUUUCUUUUCCUUGCAUAAUUCGGAUGUACUUUGUUUAUAAGCAGGGUCUAAAGCCUUGUUUUUGAAAAUGGAGAACUGACAGCAAGUGAAAACGCACAAGUGCAGCUAAAUUCUGUGCAUUGACAUGACAGACCAGGUAAAAUUCAAUGUAUCCAGUAUAUACCAGCGCCGUGAUGCUGCAGUAUAUACCAGAUCUGUGUACAGGUCUGCUAUACACCAACUCUGUACUGGUGCAGUGUGUAUACACCCAACUCUGUACUGGUGCAGUGUGUAUACACCAACUCUGUACUGGUGCAGUGUGUAUACACCAACUCUGUACUGGUGCAGUGUGUAUACACCAACUCUGUACUGGUGCAGUGUGUAUAUAUACCAGCUCUGUGUACUGGUGCAGUGUGUAUAUAUACCAGCUCUGUGUACUGGUGCAGUGUGUAUAUAUACCAGCUCUGUGUACUGGUGCAGUGUGUAUAUACCAGCUCUGUGUACUGGUGCAGUGUGUAUAUACCAGCUCUGUGUACUGGUGCAGUACAUAUUAGGCUUGGACACUGUAAACUAGCUGCAGCUCUAUGAUAUGUACUGACUUCCCCACGGCUGAGUUAAAGAACACAAAUUCCCUUCUAUCCCCUGCGGACUGCGUGGGUGGACAGCUUCAAGGCUAGUGCAUUUGGUCAAAUUCCAUAACCCAAAGUGACAGUUGCCAAAAGCUCCUUAAAAUCCAGUUGUCAUCUGUGGAAUACAUAUUUGUAAAUGGCAAUUCUGGCACUUUUUCUAGAAUUAAUAUUCCAAAGUGCAGUACACUUGCUUGUUUGUUAUGGAUAAUUUGCUGAGAUAACAGUAGAAUGUUUUGAUCCGUAUGUUGCAGGUAAUGCUAUUUAACGCUCCAUUAUUUUAUUUUUUAGCUUUGCAUUAAAAUUUGGGCAGAAUCUGUCGCAACUCCGUUUCCGUUUCCUACCCGGGCGUAAAAAUGCCAUUAAGUCGGUCACCAGCAGGUGUCGCUCUUGCUUUGUGUUUUGGUGAAGAGCUGACGCUAAGAGCAGAGGUCUGCUCCAGGCUACCUCCUGCUUCAGCAUCUCCGAUCUACUCAAUUUGCCUGAUCUCUUCUGGAGGGAAGGGAGGGGCUGUCGAGCUCUCUGUUUUCGCGAAGGUUAACUCCCCAACGUAUCUGAAACUCGCUAUUUGGCAUCUAUUUAACACUGCUCCUGGCAACAAAAUGCCAACGCUUGAUGAUGCUAACUCUGGAGAGGGUGUCAUGGUUCUGUCCAAAGUGCAGAGAGUGUGUUUCGUGGUUUGUGUUGGUCCCGUGCUGUAUUGUACAGUGUCGUAGAACACCUUGGGGGAGCCAUGCUAUAUUUCCCUCCGAUCCCGCGGUGGCCAGUCUCCCCCUCACUCUUCGCUAUGGCCAAUCGCCGUGGCAACCUAACCCGCUCGGGAACUAAUUAAUAUUUCUGACAGCGUCCAGAAUCUACCUUUUUAAAGCGACAAAAAGCUCUUGACUAUCAGAGCCACCCGUUUGCAGGCUGGCUGUCUUCGUUGUAAAUUUUUCUUGGUUUACUAGGCCUCCAGGUCAGUGACCGUUCUGGGUUUUUAUUUUUAAUUAGCUCAGAAUGGAGUGGCGAUGGAAACCGUGUAGGCUCCUUUUGUAAUUCCAAAAUAAGAACUCAUUUGCAUCUCGGAUUUCUUUGUGAAAAUUAGCAUCCCAGCCAUCACUGCCAACUUUUAUGUAUUGGGACGCACUUGUAGUCAAGGGAUUGGAAGGUUUUCUUUCUCUCCCCCUCCCUCCCCUUUUUAAUAAAAAAACAUUCUUAAUGUACAA